GCUGUCAGCCGCGACUGAUAAGUGUGCACGGUCUUUUGGGACAGUUCGUGCCAGAUCGCUCUCGGACGUCUGAAAGCUGAAGGUCAGCCUAAGGUUACGUCCGAUAGUUUGAACAGCGUAAUAGGCGCCUUUAUCCAGAAAGGACCUUUAAGUCGCGGCUGACAGCCGCGUCCGAUAAUGUGUCGGCAUCUUAAGAAGUACUCUGUGGUGAAAUGUCAGUGAUAGAAUAGGACACAAACUGACACUGACAUGACAAUGACAUUGACACAGACAGACAUACAAAAGCAGAGCAGCAGACAUCAACAAAUACAUAACCUAGAAAAAGUUUUUAAAGAAGAGGAAUAUUUACAAUUAAAUUGCUUACAGCUACUUACUGACGGUACGUAAUUAUAUUGAACAUCAAUGGACCCACAAGAAAUAGGUUACUGUGAUCUUUCGAUCAGCAAAAACUUCGAUCUAACCCAGUUGCAAAUCAUAGAGAAAUUAGGGUUCAAUACAGUGGCCUUGAAUACCUAUGUUGAGGAAGUUUGUGAAGAACCCAAAAAAAAGAAAAAGAAAGGAGCAGUAAGGGAAAAACAGGAUUAUUUCCCAGAACCAGUUCCUUUACCUGAUGAUAUUAAGAGAAACUCUAAACUUAAUAUUUUGCAAAGGGUAACUAUAGAAAUAUCAGAUGCCAGCAUAGCUCUUAAGAUUAAUCAAUCGGAAAACAUUAAGAAAUAUGACAUUAUAGCUGUGUUACCCAAGACUCUCCAGGCAUUUCAGUAUGCUUGUGGCACGAUGGAUGUUGAGAUCAUUACAUUUGCUCUGGAAACUCGGAUCCCUUUCAAAGUUAGCCGUAAACUGUACAGGCAAGCUGCAGAACGUGGGAUUUUCUUUGAACUUAUGUACUCGGCCGCUAUCAAGGACACAACUGCCAGGAAAAAUAUAAUAAGUACAGCUCAUAACUACCACGCUGUUGGCAAAUCCAAGAACUUGAUACUUUCUAGUGGAGCCGAGCAGCCAGCACAAGUGAGAGGCAUUCAUGAUGUCAUUAACUUGGGUUUCUUACUGGGAGUAAACAGUAACGAAGGUAUAAAGCUUAUUCUUAAUAACCCUAAGCAGUUAAUUAACAAGGCAAAGGGACGAAGGAGCGGGAAGCUGUACAUGGAAGUGAGUGCAGUAAGUGAGGUAGAAGACAGUAGUAUGGUGGAAGAAUAAUUUAGGUGUAAACUAAGCUAUGUAACAAGUAAUAAAUAUCUCCACCCUAUCUGUUUAAAAUAAAUAUAAUUAUUCAUG